AUGUUGAGCUGUUAUAAGCAGUUAUGGAAAAACAUAUUAUUUCUUAUUAUUACCGUCUCCUCCUCAGGUCAGUCCCAGAUGGUCGGCUCCUCUCAGCCGAUUCUGGCCACGAUCGGCGCUGACAUCACCUUACCGUGUCACCUGGUGCCUCCUGCUAACGUCGCAGCCAAGACGCUGGAGUGGGCCAGGUUCGACCUGAACCCCAGGUUUGUCCACGUGCGGCGUGACGGCAUUGAGCUCCUGAUCCAGCAGAACCCGUCCUAUGUGGGGAGAACCUCUCUGUCCACUGACAAACUGAAGUAUGGAGACAUUUCACUGAAGCUCUCCAGAGUGAAGCUCUCUGAUGCUGGACGCUACAGAUGCCACGUCCCCUCUCUGGGGACAUCAGAGUUUAACCUGACUGUUGGUUCUGUCUCGUCACCAGUCGUAGAGAUUUCCAAAGUCAGCAGUGGAGUGCUGUUAGUGUGUAAGUCUGUGGGCUGGUAUCCAGAGCCUGAGGUGUUGUGGCUGGACGGUGAGGGAAAGCUCCUCUCUGCUGGACCUACAGAGACAGUCAGAGGUCCUGAUGACCUCUAUACUGUCAGCAGCAGAGUGACUGUGGAGAGACACAGCAGCAGCUUCAUCUGUAGAGUCCACCAGAGGGACACCAAGCAGAUACGAGAGACAGAAAUACUCAUUAAAGAGGAUGUGUUCAUGCACCCGCCUUCUGCUGUUGUUCGGAUCGUCCUGGUUCUUUCUGUUUAUGAUGAAACAGGAGAACAAGAGCAGCUCCUCAAAGAAAGAACAAAGGGUUUGGAUGAGAAAUUGUUACAGGAGAAAGAGGAAGAACGUCAGUCAAACCUGAUUUGUUCGUCUCAACCAAUCAUAACCCUGGCUGGUGGUGAUGUUAUUCUACCAUGUCGCAUUGAUCCUCCCAUGAGCGCCAGCUUCAUGCCAGUGCAGUGGACCAGACCUGGUUUAGACCCAGAGUACAUUCAUCUUCGCCAAGACGGCCACAUGGUGUAUCAGAGUCAGAAUCCACAGUUUAAAUACCGCACGGCUCUGUUUCUGGAUCAGCUGAUCAACGGAAACGUCUCCCUGAGACUCUCCAGAGUGAAAGUCUCUGAUGCAGGAAAAUACAGAUGUUUCAUUCCUACAUUAUGGAAGGAAGCUUUCAUCCAGGUCACCGUUGGUGCUGCCUCCUCACCCAGCAUCAGCUCUGGGAGAACUGACACUGGAGUGCUGUUAGUGUGUAAGUCUGCUGGCUGGUAUCCAGAGCCUGAGGUGUUGUGGCUGGACGGUGAGGGAAAGCUCCUCUCUGCUGGACCUACAGAGACAGUCAGAGGUCCUGAUGACCUCUAUACUGUCAGCAGCAGAGUGACUGUGGAGAGACACAGCAGCAGCUUCACCUGCAGAGUCCACCAGAAGGACACCAAGCAGAUACGAGAGACACACAUCACUGUUCCAGAGGAUGUGUUCAUGCACCCGCCUUCUGCUGCUGUUCGGAUCGUCCUGGAUGAUGGAACAGGAGAAGAAGAGCAGCUCCUCGAAGGAAGAAUGGACACAAAGGGUUUGGAUAAGAAAUUGUUACAGGAGAAAGAGGGAGAACUCUCUAAGCUUCAUCGUGGACAGCCACCGCACGACUAA